AUGGUUGAUAAACAACAAGCCGAGAUGGAUUUAUUGAAACAGGCAAAUAUCGAACUGAAACAGGAAAAUCUCCAGUUGAAUUAUGACAAUACCGAAUUGAAAAGCCGCGUAAACGAAUUGGAACUUGACGUCUCGAGACUCAAAGACGAGGAGGAACUAUUACAAUCAGAAAGGAUUGCGUUUCAUGUGUACCUUUCUUCAAGCAAAUGUUUCAACGAUCAUCAAAUAAUUGAAUACGACACUGAAGUUUUAGAUACUGGAAAUGGCUAUAAUGAACAUGACGGGAUAUACAUUGUACCAGAAUCCGGAAUAUAUGUGUUUACUUGGACAUUCACAAAUGAUAUUGCUGAAUAUGCUAUCACUGAAAUUGUAGUUAAUGGGGAGACUCAAGGAUGGACGAUAGCUGAUGGAUCUGGUCAAAGACUUUUGUAUAAUCCCUCAUCUGGUCUUGUUCUAGCCAGAGUGAACGCUGGGGAUCAUGUUUUCAUAAGACGUGUAGAAGGUCGCGGUUGCACAGCUUACAGUGGCCAGUACGUUCAACCGACGUUUUCCGGAUGGCAACUUUCUCCAUGAAAUUAUGUGUUGACUUGAUUUUAGAACUACCAUUCACAAACAAAAAUAGAUAAAA